CUUACAAAGGCUGCAUCGCAAUCGCGUCUGGAAAUCUUCCUGCGCUUUUCUGCUUGUUUAUAUUCUAUUCAGUCCUCGCGUCUAGUGCAGUGAACUGAAAACAGUCUUUCAAGAUGCGUCAACUCACCGAAGAGGAAACCCGGACUCUGUUCGAGAAGUUGGCCAAUUACACUGGAAGGAGUCUUAACAACCUGAUCGCUCCUCCUUCUGCCUCCGAAGAUGCCAACGACCGCUAUGUCUUCCGUCUCCACGGCAGCAGAGUAUACUACCUGAGACUUUCCCUGGCGAACCUCGCAACCAGCAUCCCUCGCGCCAACCUCCUCACCCUCGGAACCUGCAUCGGAAAGUUCACCAAGACCGGAAAGUUCAGAAUCCAGCUUACGGCUUUGGAUGUCCUCGCUCCCCAUGCGCGCUACAAGGUGUGGAUCAAGCAGAACGGUGUGAUGCCGUUCCUCUAUGGCUCCAACGUGGCCAAGGCCCACGUCGGAAGAUUCAGCGAGGACUGCCCGGAGAAUGCGGGUGUCAUUGUUAUGGAUAUGAAUGAUACGCCAUUGGUAAGAGGCCCUUGGCUGGAUUGAGGGAACCCAGGCUGAUAGACAAUAGGGAUUCGGUGUGACUGCCCGGUCGAGUGCUGAGACCCGGAGACUGGAGCCCACAGCCAACGUGGUGUUCCGUCAGGCAGAUAUUGGAGAGUACCUGAGAGAGGUAGGUUGACGAAGUGUCAUAUCCACUGUAUCAGAUUGCUAACUUUCCCCUAGGAAGAUACUCUGUUUACGACCUAAGCCAAAGCCUUGCAUACGCGGGAUCGAACAUGGGAGAUUCAUACUAGAUACCUGGGCAUUCUCGCAGGAGUUCUGGAGUCGUCUGUCUGU